GGAUAGUCCUGAAAUAGCGGGAACUGACUCUCACGCUCAGUCACCAUUACCAUUUUGCCAAUUCUGCUACGCCGCCAUUAAAAUACCAAAAACACCACCAUUUUCGCAAUUUUUUCAAUCUGUGUCCCCUCAGAAUAAGAUCCGUUUCUUCCGUACUCUUCUAUCUCAAUUGUAAAACAAUUUCACAAGCAGAGGCUGAGAAAACCCUCCCGCGCGGUUCGGGAAUUUUUCUCGGUUUUGUGUAUGAAAUCAGGCUUUCCAAUUCUAUUUCUUAAAUCACUUUCUAUUAUUUAUCUCUUUUUAGAAAAAAAAAAUAAAAUUGCACUACUACCGGUUUGAUUUAGUGCGGAGAUUUUGAUUUUUUUGUUCUUUUUUUUUUUUUUUGGUAAUAGUUUAGUGGAUAAUCUGUUUAUUUAUCGUUAUAGAUAGAGAUCAUUUCAUCUUCUUCCGCUGUCUGUGCUCUGUUUCAUUGAAUUUCUGAGAGGAAAAAAAAAUGGAUAUGUGAAAGUGUAGAAAAUUAAGGUGUUGUUUGGCUGGUUUUUUAUCUUUGUCUGCGUUGAAAGUUUAAAUUUAGGUUUAAAAAAAGAAAAUUAAAAAAAAAAAUGGAACAGAAAGGAUUUCUGUUAUCGGCUUUAGGUGUAGGUGUAGGAGUUGGAGUGGGGCUUGGAUUGGCUUCGAAUCAGACAGUGGGAAAAUGGACGGGACAAUCCACCUCAUCCAAAGCCGUAACUGCCGAGAAGAUGGAGCAGGAGAUGCUACGACAGGUCGUUGAUGGCCGAGAAAGCAACGUCACUUUCGACCAAUUCCCCUACUACCUCAGUGAACAAACACGAGUUUUACUGACAAGUGCUGCCUAUGUGCAUCUGAAACAUGCCGAGGUUUCUAAAUACACAAGAAACCUUUCUCCGGCUAGUCGAGCCAUUUUGCUAUCAGGGCCUGCGGAGCUUUACCAACAAAUGCUUGCAAAGGCUUUAGCACACUACUUUGAAGCCAAGUUGUUGCUUUUGGAUGUAACAGACUUCUCCCUGAAGAUCCAGAGCAAAUAUGGUAGUGGCAACAAAGAAUCAUCUUUUAGAAGGUCAGCUUCGGAGAUGACGCUGGAGCGACUGUCUGGCUUACUUGGGUCAUUUUCCAUCCUUCCACCAAGGGAUGAACCCAAAGGAUCCUUACGAAGGCAAAGCAGUGGUGUGGAUCUUGUAUCAAGGGCAAUGGAAUCUAGUAAUCCUCCAAAGCUUCGUAGAAAUGCUUCUGCCUCGGCCAAUAUCAGUAACCUUGCUUCUCAGGGCCCUGCAAAUCCAGCUCCUCUCAAGCGCACAACCAGCUGGUCCUUUGAUGAGAAGCUUCUUAUACAGUCUCUUUACAAGGUUUUGGUUUACGUUUCCAAAACCAGUCCCGUUGUGCUGUACCUUAGGGAUGUGGAUAAGUUCUUAUCUAGGUCACAGAGGAUAUAUAAUCUAUUUCACAAAAUGUUGAAGAAACUAUCUGGGUCUGUGCUGAUCCUUGGCUCAAGAAUUCUGGAUCAAGGUAAUGACUACAAAGAGGUGGAUGAGAAGCUUUCUGGUCUUUUCCCUUACAACAUCGAGAUCCGGCCUCCUGAAAACGAGUCCCAUCUUGUGAGCUGGAAUUGUCAACUGGAGGAAGAUAUGAAGACAAUCCAACUUCAGGAUAACAAAAACCACAUAAUGGAAGUACUUUCAUCAAAUGAUCUUGAAUGUGAUGAUCUGGACUCCAUAUGUGUUGCAGACACAAUGGUUAUCAGUAAUUAUAUUGAGGAGAUUGUGGUAUCAGCAAUUUCUUAUCACUUGAUGAAUAACAAGGAUCCUGAAUAUAGAAAUGGAAAACUCGUCAUUUCUUCCAAGAGUUUAUCCCAUGGAUUAAGCAUAUUCCAAGAAAGAAAAUCCGACAAAGAUACAUUAAAGUUGGAAGCACAAGCUGAAACAUCCAUGGAAUCAGGAAGGCCUGAUACUCGUGGCGUAAAGCCAGAAACAAAAGGUGAUAGCUCUGCUCCUGAAAACAAAAGUGCACCUGAGAGCAAAAGUGGAAUGGAGACACCAGCUUCAGUGGCAAAGACGGAUGGUGACAAUUCAGUUCCAGCAUCGAAAGCAGAAGUUCCACCUGACAAUGAAUUUGAGAAGCGCAUAAGGCCAGAGGUCAUACCGGCAAAUGAGAUUGGGGUAACAUUUGCUGACAUUGGUGCCAUGGAAGAGAUAAAAGAGUCCCUUCAGGAAUUAGUGAUGCUCCCUCUUCGAAGACCAGACCUCUUCAAUGGAGGUCUUUUGAAGCCGUGCAGAGGUAUAUUACUUUUUGGGCCUCCUGGCACUGGGAAGACGAUGCUGGCAAAGGCCAUUGCUAGGGAAGCUGGAGCAAGCUUCAUUAAUGUUUCAAUGUCUACUAUCACCUCUAAAUGGUUUGGUGAAGAUGAGAAGAACGUUCGAGCUUUGUUCACACUGGCAGCCAAAGUUUCUCCAACUAUUAUCUUUGUAGAUGAAGUUGAUAGCAUGCUUGGCCAGAGAACAAGAGUUGGGGAGCACGAAGCCAUGCGAAAGAUAAAGAAUGAGUUCAUGACUCAUUGGGAUGGGCUCUUGACAAGACCAGGAGAGAGAAUUCUUGUUCUUGCUGCAACAAACAGGCCAUUUGACCUUGAUGAAGCAAUUAUCAGGCGUUUUGAGCGAAGAAUUAUGGUGGGACUACCAUCUGUCGAGAACAGGGAAAUGAUUUUAAGAACUUUAUUGGCAAAAGAAAAAGUGAAAGAAGGUCUAGACUUCAGGGAACUAGCAACUAUGACAGAAGGGUAUAGUGGAAGUGAUAUUAAGAACUUGUGCACAACAGCUGCUUAUCGGCCUGUAAGGGAGUUGAUACAGCAAGAGAGACUGAAGGAUUUAGAGAAGAAACAGAAAGCUGCAGAAAAAGCAGGCGAGGCAAAAUCACGUUCAGAAAAUGCUCCUAAUACGAAGGAGGAACGGGCUGCAGAUGCACAGAAUUCAGAAAAUGCCACAGACACAAAAGAUGCUAAACCAGAAAGAGUAAUUACACUCAGGCCCUUAAACAUGGAGGACUUCAGGCAGGCAAAGAAUCAGGUUGCAGCCAGCUUUGCAGUCGAGGGAUCUAUAAUGAGUGAGUUGAAACAAUGGAACGACUUAUAUGGUGAAGGCGGUUCAAGAAAGAAGCAGCAGCUGACUUAUUUCCUAUAAGACCGAUGAUGGAACCUAUAAUACCAUCACGAAGUAGUUAAAAACUAUUUUCCCAUCAGAGUAGCGAAGGAGUCUAAUAUACCAUCACAAACAUAAGUAGUUGAACUAUCAAAUACUGAAGAAGACUUUGUUGUAGGGUUGCUCCUGGCGGAAACAAGCCUGUUAUUAGUGUUUAGAAAUUUAAGAGAUGAAAGAAACAAAAGUGGAGAGUAAAACAAAGAAUUUCCAGGGAGUUUGCCAAGUUCCGUUUAAACGGCCAUGUUUUGUUUUAUAGUUCCUGAAAACGUUAAGCAUGUAUUUAUAAUGUUUUUGAGUAUUACAAGCUAUGUUUUCGGAAUAGGUGUGAAUGUUAAUCUUA